GACUCUCUUGCUCUCUUGCGCUCUCUUCUCAUUCUAGUUUGUUCUAGUUCCUCGGCAGACAGAAUAAGACACGCUGUGGGAGUGUACCGCUCAGCAAGCCUGAUAUUUCAGAACAAAGUUUCCUCCGAACAGCAAUGCAAGAUCCGGAUAAAGAGGACGCGGCCUCAGUCGUCAAUGCAGCAGAACUGCAGGAAGAGCAUGAAAUCCCAGAGGCGGCUGUAGUUCCGCAGAUGCCUCCAAUUCCUGAGCUACCUCCAAUUCCUGAGCUACCUCCAAUUCCUGAGCUACCUCCAAUUCCUGAGCUACCUCCAAUUCCUGAGCUACCUCCAAUUCCUGAGCUACCUCCAAUUCCUGAGCUACCUCCAAUUCCUGAGCUACCUCCAAUUCCUGAGCUACCUCCAAUUCCUGAGCUACCUCCAAUUCCUGAGCUACCUCCAAUUCCUGAGCUACCUCCAAUUCCUGAGCUACCUCCAAUUCCUGAGCUACCUCCAAUUCCUGAGCUACCUCCAAUUCCUGAGCUACCUCCAAUUCCUGAGCUACCUCCAAUUCCUGAGCUACCUCCAAUUCCUGAGCUACCUCCAAUUCCUGAGCUACCUCCAAUUCCUGAGCUACCUCCAAUUCCUGAGCUACCUCCAAUUCCUGAGCUACCUCCAAUUCCUGAGCUACCUCCAAUUCCUGAGCUACCUCCAAUUCCUGAGCUACCUCCAAUUCCUGAGCUACCUCCAAUUCCUGAGCUACCUCCAAUUCCUGAGCUACCUCCAAUUCCUGAGCUACCUCCAAUUCCUGAGCUACCUCCAAUUCCUGAGCUACCUCCAAUUCCUGAGCUACCUCCAAUUCCUGAGCUACCUCCACUCCCACUCUCUCCACUCAUGUUGUUACCUAUACUUCCGACUGUGCCCGAAAUCCCAGGGCCAUCACAAUUAUCUGGGGUUUCUCCAGCGCCUUGGAGGCAUGAAUUUGUAAAGCCCACUGGAGAUGCUGAGCGUCAAUUUCUGCCUAAAAGACGAAUCCUAGGAAAGCCCGAAGGAGAGAGAACUCCACAAUGUUCUCAACCGCCAAAAAAAUCCAUGCCACAAACCCGAAAGGAGGAAACAUUCGACGUUCUGAAAAGAUGGAUUAGUACCCAGCUGGAAUGUCUGUUGUGUGUUGAGAUCAUGACGCCGCCGAUUGUGGUCUGUUCGAAUGGCCACAUGAUAUGUAACAAUUGCAAACCGAAGCUGGACAAAUGCCACUUCUGCAGGGCCAUCAUAACAAGUCGGAAGAAUAUAUUUGCAGAGGAAAUUUCCAAACUCCUGAAGGUCCGGUGCAGUUACGCACAUGAGGGCUGUCAGGUCCAGGAAAGCCCCGACAAGAUAGAAGAGCAUGAAGUCGCUUGUUUCUACCAGCCAGUGGAAUGUCUUGCAGGCAGUGGAGCUCAAUGCGUGGUGAAAUGCGGGUGGAGGGGGCGCAAGUGUGAGUUACUGGGACACGUCGCUUAUCAACAUAGUAUGACAAUGAUCCAUCCAGACCUGCCUAUACGGUUUAUUUCUCCCUAUAUAUAUGAACAAGACUAUACGAAUAUUUCAUUAAUAUGUGCACAUUCAGAAUGUUUCUGGUUAACUUUAAAAUACGACAUGAAGAAAAACAGACGCUUCGAAGGUGUCCAUUUUAUCGGACAUGCCAAGAAAGCAAAGGAAUUUCGGUACAGAUGCGAUCUCUUGUCUUGUGAUGGGAAAACAGGCACAACAUUCUUCAGUACAACGGGAAGCAUUUUCCACGAAACAGAUGACGUUUUUGAUACUACCCAUCAUUUUCAAAUGGACCUUGAUGUGUUUAAGCAACUCUAUGUAGACAAGGACGGAAAGGUGCCUGGAUACAAGUUAAUUAUUGAAAAAGUACGCCACUCUGAAUGAUAGAAUUUGUUUUCGCUUGGUAAAACUUCGGUAUCAUUGAAAUAUUUUUGGCAUAGCAACAAACACAAAAUGUGUACUAAAUGGAGACAGCCUUCUCUCCCAAGACGGACAAGUUCUGUUUUUAUGAAAUAUUAUUAAAACGGGACAUAACUGAAGUCUCAGCGAAAAUAAGUACAAUUAUUUGUAGCAAGUUUAUUUACAUUUACUGAAUGUUCGUAUUCAAUGAUAUUUUUAAGUGACUGUUCUAUAGUUUUAAAUGAAUUGAAGGAAGUACUGAUGACCUUAUUAAAUAUAUACAAGUAUAAAUGUGUACGUAUUCAUUAUCAACUUCAGUAUAUUGAAGCAAACCAGAACUUGUGCGUGUAUUAAGAGUUUCCCCACCACAAUAGGAUAGGCAUUUCUUUCAGAUAUUUUCCUUUCUAUAUAAAUACCAUUUCAUUCUCUUUAUACGCACUGUACGUAAGAAUAAGCUAUAAUUUCGUGACUCUGGCAAACUGUACGCCAAGAAUAAUUAUACAUGUAGAUAUUUGUUCAAAAAACAUAAAAAUUAGAAAAUAAAAAAUUAUAAGUUUUCCCAUGGUUCUCUA